AUGUACAGCGGUCUGAGGGUUACCACCACGCAUGCGCAUAAUGAGGAGGAAAGAGGCUCAGAUUGGGCACCUCCCAGCCCGCUACACCGGCUGAGGUUAUGGGUGGUAGUUCGCCUGGUUACUCCCACCGACGAUGACGAGGAUGUUAACGACGAGGUCAAUAAUGAAGACGACUACCAUGACGAGAACAAUGACGAGGACCACGAUGAAGACGAUGACGAAGGCGAUGACGAAGACGAAGGCGAUGACGAAGACGAAGGCGAUAACAAGAACAAUGACAAGGACAAGAACGACGACCAGGACAAAAACCACGACGAAGAUGAUGACGACCACGACGACCACGACACUGCAACGAGUAGGGUUUACCGCCUUCUAUAA